GUAUCUUCAUACCUGUUUCGUUUGAUGUGCUUAUGUUAUUUGGUUACAGUAAUUAACGACUUGAAGAGGUUAUUUAAAAACCAAGUUAAACUUCAUUACCAAGAAUGAAAAAAUAAAAUGUAUUCGAAUAGCAUUAAACGUAGUCAAAUCUGACAAAUGCAAUUCUAUCGAUAAUUCGAUAACACGUAUUCACAAAUGUGUUAAAAAGGGGACACUUGUCAAGCGAAUUAAACAAUGAUUGCGUCAACGAAAGAUUCGUGAGAAAAAGAAUGAAGUAUCUUCCAUCGCCAGGAAGAUAAUUUAUGAAUUAGGAAUAUUCGAUUAAAUAUAUGUCGCCUUAAUAAUUAUACUUCAGACACACGUGUGCAUAACAUGGCUCAAAUACAAACUUCGGGUGCUGAUGGGCUGCCAAAACAUUUUGUUGCUGCCAUGCGUACGCUGUUCGAUAUAAUGGAUGAUCAAAAUACAGGAUUUGUCAAGUUUUCGGAUAUCGAGGGUAGAUGGCAAGAUGAUGGAACUCAAGGUCUUCCAAAAGGUGUUUUAGAAAGUCUGAAAAAAGUUACACCAUCAAAUGGUUUGCUAUCUUUUGAAAGGUUCUGCACAGGGCUCAAGAUUUGCUUGUUACAAAUCCAAACAGAAUCUGAUCCCAAAAAACAUGAUGGUCAACCGAACAGACCACCAUCCGCGCCAAUCCUUAUUCCAGAUAGUCAAAGUAAAACAACAUGGAUAUCUCCGAAUACAGCAACUAUAAGGCCGAAUAAUGCUAUGUCUCAGCAACGUACUUUAAGUAUGCCACAGUUAUUAGCAGGUCGAAAAGAUGGUGGCAGUCAAUUAGAAUCUAUGGACAACAGAAUUGGUGCUGAAUCAAAGUUGAAUAAAGUGUAUGGACCUCCGAAACCUCCAAGAACAGGUGCUGCAUUAGAAGCUAGGACUAUUAAUUUAGACAGAAAUUUUGACAAAUCUGAAAUUCGAACUGUGUUACAAAAUUGGCAAAUGGGUUUAUUAAUGAACGAUGAUAAAACUGUAGACAAACGACAGUUACCAGCAGUAAACUAUAGAACAGAUACUAGAACAUUAUUGAGACCAACUCGAGUAUUGGGAGAUGGUAAAGCAGUGGAUUUACAAAAUAAUCAAGUUGGCCUUCAAUCUAAAAAAACAUUAAAUCGACGUAGAGAACCUAGACGUCAUACGUUGCAGAAUGGUAUUGAUUACAAUAUGAUGAAGAGAAUGAAACAAAUUGAGCAAGAGAAAGAUGUAUUGCUUCAAGGUCUAACUGCAGUUGAUAAAGCUAGGGAAUGGUAUUUGAAACAAAUUUCUGCCACUCAAGAAAAAAUUAAACAUCUUGGGCGUAUGGGGUCUCACGUGGAGCAGUGGACAGAAGCGCAGCAAGAACGUUUGGAACUACAACGUGCUCGAGUACUAGAAGUUAAUAGACAUUUAGCUGCAUUAAUAAGCAGCUGGGAACGCGGUGGAUUGCCUCUUCAUAUGAAUCUUGCCUUUCUUAGUACACCGACGUCUACGCAGCUUCAACAGGAUAUGCUGUCUAGGCUAAAGCAACAAAAUCAUAGAUUAACAGAAGAAGUUAGUAAAAAGAGCCAACGGAUAGCGAUUCUCGAACAAGAGAAGGACAACUUGGUACGAGAAUUAUAUAAUAGACAAAGCGGUAUGGUCCAGUCUCGAAGAGCAACAAUGAUUCACGAACAACAUGACCAAACAUUCAUGUAAGAAUAUAAAUAAAUCGAUCAGUCAUCGUAAAAAGGAUUUGUGAUCGAAGACACAUGCAUUAUAUUCGAACUUCAGGUUAAGUUUGUAAAGUAUUUGUUAAAUAUUCGCAAUAUUGAUACUCGAAUUUAGUUAUAUAACGUAAACAAAGUGCCUUAAAAAUUGUCAUAAUCCGUCCAAAAAUCUGAACGUCUAAAGAUUAUUAUGUUUCCUUCAAUAAAUUAUUAUUAUAAGUAAUAUACCGCCUUGACCCAAUUUUUGAUUCCGCAACGAUACGAUAAUUACACAUUUAAAUCCGGUCACCAGUAUCUCGGAAACAAUUUUUAUGAGACAAUUGCACAAAUAGUGCACGCGCCGCGAUGUGCGCUACAUCUACUUCCGGGAUGGCGACCGUAGUUGCAAAUGUUAUUGAACUUUAAUAUGUGAUAAUAUGGAUACUUAAUAUUCAACGUACCUAUUUACGUCAAAUUGACAGAAAAAGUUUCAAACGCACACUUAACUCAUCGCUAUUAACAAAACUAAGAUAAUACGGACGCAAGUCACACUGUAUCUCUAAAACUAUAAGGACCUUUUACCAACCAUGGG